AUGGUUUCUACAAGAUCAACUCCUACAAAAGAGAAGAAGGAUUUUAUUGUUCCUGUAAAAAUGAAGCGGAAAUUAGUAAAAAAAGCUGAAAAAGAUGUUGAAGGAAGUGGUGUUGCUUCUGCCUCUGAGAAUGUCAAAGUAAAGGGAAAAAAGGUGGAUGAAACUGGUUUGAAAAAAAGGCGUUUGGCUUUUGAUGCUGUACCUGAUCAUCAGAAAGUUCAGAAAUCCUUGCAUAUUGAAGAACCAACUCGUUUGGUUCAGAACUGGGACUACUUGUUAGAUGCGGAAGAUCGUUACACUUGUAGAGUGACUAUGCCUUUAAAUUUCAAAUAUAUUGAGGACAUCAAGAAAACUCUUUCUGAUACUCAGCUGGAACUUUUCAAGAAGACAUUUCUUGGUCAUUUUUUAGACUUGUCGCCGUUGUGUAAUCAGUCUCAGCUUAUACAUUCUUUGUUGCUGCGAGAAGUGAAGCAUCCAAAUAAUAGGGAAUUGUGGUUUAAAGUUUCUGGACAUAAACUGCGGUUUAGUAUUGAUGAAUUUGCUGUGAUUACGGGGUUAAAUUGUGUUGGUGAUUUCAAUCCUGUUUCUUAUGCUCCAUUACAGAGAGUUAUCAGGACAAGGACCAAAAGGAUGGGAAUGUGA